UGUACCUUACCGAUAGCACUUUGUAGUUUAACACUUUAGUAGCACUUAAAUGUCUCUUACUGAUAGCACUUUGUAGUUUAACACUUUAGUAGCACUUAAUCAGUAAUCGAUCAGACAGACCUGUGUGACAUCACUAAUAAUCAGUAAUCGAUCAGACAGACCUGUGUGACAUCACUAAUAAUCAAUAAUCGAUCUUGAAGAUGUCCGUGCUGCAGCUUCCUGCUGAGCUGUGGCUGCAGGUGUUCAGCUUCCUGUCCUGGAGAGACAAGCUGAAUGUGCGCUGCACCUGCGCACACUUCAAGUACCUGCUGGAUAAGUCCCGCCCCCUUUGGCGUGGCUUCUGCGUGGUGCUGAAGGACUUCUCCCGGUACAACCCGCCCUUCUGGCGCAGCCUGGCUGAGAGGCGUGUGGACGUCAUCGUGGUGCGCUCAGGUAAGAGGAAACACCUGAAGCAGCUCGCCACCUGGCUUCCUGCUCUCGGGGCGUUGCGAUUGGACGACUGGAGGGAAGGGGGCGUCACUGAGCUGAAACUGUUCCACAGGAUGCAGUGUCUCUCUGUCACUUCCUGUUCCGCACCUUUGAAGAAUGUGGACUUCCUGUUUUCCCUGAGUCAACAGCUGUUGCAGCUCAGACUGUGUAACGUGAAGCUCACCUGUACCGCCUCUCACCUGUUGGCUGCACUCAGUCAGCUGACUCGCCUCACCUUGCUGCAGCUGCACCACGACGGCAGUCUGAGAGUCCCAACACUCAGUGGUGUCCUGACUCACCUGUCUGAGUUGAAACACCUGUCCUGGACCAUGAUUACCUACAGAACACUGUCACAUGACUUCUUCAGCCCUGCCCACCUUACAGCAGGUGGUGGCGCUCUCCAGCUGUCUGACCUCCAGUUGUUGAACUACGAUGCUGUGGUGACACAGGAAGUUCUGCAGCCUUUGUCCCACCUCCGCAGCCUGUCAAUCUUCCACCUGUACUCUGUACCUGGUCCCAUCUGUCACCUGCAGACAUGGCUGACAUCACUGCCACAGCUUCUCAGCCUCAGCGUGCACGGAGGCCAUCCUCUGGCAGUGUACGCCGACUUCCUGCCAUCCUCCCUCCUCAGUCUGACUCUCUGUGUGGAUCUGCAGCCUGAAGACCUGCAGGUGGUCUCACGCAGAGCUCCUCACCUGGAACACCUGCACCUGGAACCCUGGAGCUCCUCUACCAGCCUUGUUAGACUCCUCCCACAGCUGUUCCCUCACUUGAGGACACUCCGGAUCCGACAUCACCACCUGUCAGACAAUGACUUCCUGCAUCUGCAGCAGCUUCAGCAUCUUGUCACUCUAGAGGUUCUGGAUUCGUUCUACAAACCAGACCCAACUGACCCGAGCUGGGUCAUCCACCAGCCAAGUCCUCGUCUGCGGCAGCUGAUCUCAGACCUGCAGGAACUGACCAAUCACAGAGUACAAGUCAUCACUAGUUCACACAGAGAGCCACUCUCCUGCCAUUGCAUCUGACCAAUCAGAGAGGGGCUGACCAAUCACCUGGGCAACUGCCUUGGGGGCGGGGUCAGUUCUCAUUGUGGCAUUUGAUGACAUGUUUUUAACAGUUUGCUGGAGUAAAAUUACUAAAAAGGUAAAGGUUAUUAAACAACAUUUUUAAAUACAAAGUUCUUGAACACCAGAAAGUCUUAAAGACCAGAGUCACGUGACCUUCAGUAUGUAAUGUCUGCCGCUCGAGGCCUUCCAAAAAAAACAAGACUGUUUAAGAUGACGUCCUAAAGUAUGUAAUGUGGUUAUGAGUUCAAAUACGGCCUCGAAACAGCUGCAAAAUAAAUCCUAUCGCCCAAUUUCUAUAUUGAAAGUAGAUUAUAAACUGUUUACAUCUAUAACCUCAAAAAGAAUAGAACGCUUUCUUCCCAAAUUAAUAAAUGAAGAUCAGACAGGAUUUAUAAAAGGUCGACAAACACAGAAUAACACUAGACAAACCUUACAUAUAUAUAUAUAUAUAUAUAUAUAUAUAAUAGAACAGGCUAAUAAACAACAUCUAAGUGCAGCUCUGGUCAGUCUGGAUGUGGAACAGGUUUUUGAUAGCCGGUGCUAGAAAGGCUGCUUUUAAUAACCAAUCUUCAUAUAGAGACCCAACGGCUAGAAUAAAGACCAAUGGCCACCGGUCAGGUAGUUGUAGCGGUCUAGAGGCCUCCAAGAUAAAAUGAAAAUAAAUUCAGAAACAUAAUGUUCGUCAUUCUCGAACAUUUUCUGAAAUGUUUUCUUACGGACUUCAGAAAAGAUCCUGAUCCAUGAAGCCUGUAAAUGGGUUCUCACAGCGGAAGUGUUCUCAGCGGUUCUCCCGAUGAGGGGAACAUAGUCCUGGACAUGAGAAAGACCUUUAUUGAGAACUUCACAUAUUACACAAGUUCAAAGCACACAGGCAUAAAACUAAGUCAUUAAUAUACAUGAAGUGCCUGUACCUUCGUGUACAUUUACGUUGUUAACAGGUGACGCUGCGCGACGGCCAAGAUUCUUGGCGACUCGCCAGUUUCUACCUCCGUGAGAUCGGCUUUUCUGCCGUUGCCCUUCAAAACAAAAGCUCAACAUUGAGCAUGAAUUGAGAGUGUCCUGUCACCAAGGCAGAGGUCAGAGAUAUUGGGCUUAAAAAGGUUGGUGACCACUGCCCUAGGGGAUAGUCAAGAAAUACGAAAGGGAAGGAGACUGUAACCUUCUGAUUUGGCCCUCAGACCACCAGGUUUAGAGAUGAUACUUCUGUACACUGGAGAGAAAAAGGAAUAACGGCUGUAAGUACACUGAGGGGAAAACAUUUAAAAACAAGAGAAUUUAAAUUUAGGAAAUGGGGACUGUUCAGAUAUUUACAGCCAAGACAUUUCUAUGAUACAGAAAUUAAGAGGAAUAUCAGUAGUAGGUAAUGAAGUGAUGACGGGUGCAUACAAACAACCCCCUCCAAACUGUAGAGUAGAAACACACUACAUGUAGAGCUGAACAUUUAACUGUUUCCACCAGCUCUAGAAGAUGGAGGGAACCAAACAAGUGGGUAAAGAGCAGCCAUGCUGGAGAGAGUGGGCAGAUGAAUGCUGACCACUCAUGUUCUGGACAUGUAUACAAACAGUCUGGGACAGUUAUUAUUAUUCAGAGUCCGCAGAUUGUGGACCUGGGACUGAUCUACCUCUUUAAAACCCUGAUACUUAAGAGCUGGAUGACAGGCGACCCUCCAAGCCCACAUUGACAAAGACGGAUCACACGAACAACGCUGUGAACAUUAACUGUAUACAAGGGAAAAGAUUAAUGUUCUCAGCUGACGUGAAAAGAAUGAAUACAAAAAUUGUAAAUAGCAAUUGAUGACCAGUGCUAGUGCUGAUAGGCUCCAUCUCUGUACUGGUCUUGUUAGACUUUAGUACUGAUUAAGGACUUAAAGAAUGUCUUAAAAGACAUAAAAACAUGGAUGACCUGCAACUUCCUGAAGUUAUUUUACUGGCUCUGAACAAAUCAAUGAGCUGGCAUCCUUUGUUUGGCCAAACAAGUCUUUCAAGGACUUGUUUGCGCUGCUUAGCCAUGUGCCUUUGGAGAGUUAUGUUUAUAAAUUAAAUAUAUAUAUUUAAUAAUAAAUAUAUAUAAUUAUU